GUUGGUUCCCAGUAGUUGAGCAGAGAGGACGCGAGAGCGAAAAACCUGGCGUAGUUGUUCUCGGUCGUUCGACCUACACAAAAAAUGACCAUGGAUGCUGUUGUGCCUGCUGCCGCUCCGGCUACUCCGAAGAAAGUCAAGGCCGUUAAGCCUAAGGCUCCGAAGAAGGUUUCAACCCAUCCUUCGUAUCAGGACAUGAUCAAGAAAGCCGUCGAAACUCUUAAGGACCGCGGAGGAUCGUCCCGCCAAGCUAUUCAAAAGUACAUCCAGGCCACAUUUAAGACUUGCGAUGAUAAGGUGUCGCAGGCACACCUCAAGAUUGCUCUGAAGCGUGGUGUCGAAACCGGACUACUGAAGCGUGUUAAGGGAACCGGUGCGUCUGGAUCGUUCCGACUGGCACAGAAAGUCACAAAGCCUGUCCAGCCUAAGGUUGUCAAAAAGCCGAAGGUCGCGAAGAAGCCGCAGGCAGCAAAGCCCGCUGGUGAGAAAAAGACUGUCAAGCCAAAGACUGUUAAGGCAAAGGCCCCAAGCAAACUAAAGCCUAAAAAGGCUGUGGCGGAGAAAAAGGCUUCGAAGCCGAAAAUGGCCAAGAAGCCGAAAACACCUAAAAAAGCUUUGAAGCCUGCAGCGAAAAAAGCCGUUACUCCUAAAGUAAAGAAGUCCGUCGCAAAGAAGGCCCCUGCCAAGAAGUAGGUGAACUCACUGCCUCUCGGCUUGGCCUGCCUACCAGACAGCCUUCUUAAGCGAGCCUCUAGGAAGCGGUCAAUGGCCUAGAACGUAUUAAAUAAGCAGACAACCACUUUCAUUAUCACCACUACGAAUCAUUUUGCAUUCAUGGUGCUGUUAACGGUGAUACCAGCUUGGACCAGUAAUGGGCGUUUGUGUAGAGAACCCAACUGGUCUAACGGUUAUUUCAUCGACGGAAAUUCAUCUGUUCAUCCCCUCGUGUAGACGUCACCGAAAAUUGCCGAUAAUCAACAAUCCAUGCUACGUUAACACAUAGUAACCAUUGUAAAAUGCAUCAAUGUUGAUAGAAGUUGUAUUUGGCUAUUGGUGGCCGCCGAGAAGUUAUUUAAUGUAAAUAUGUUGUACAUACAUAUAUUUAUCAUUAUUUCACAGGCAGAAAAUAAAAGCUUCCCCAACGAAGUAUCUCACAGGCAGAAAAUAAAAGCUUCUACAACGAAGCGUAGUAAAAAAUACA